ACUUUCAAUUUAACGAUUAAUAAAAUCGAUUAACGCACCAUAAACUAUUCAGAAUAAUCGAUGCAAUAUCGAACAAUCCUACUUCAAAAUCUUUCAAAAUUGGCGCAGUAGAAAAUCUGCGACUCCCACUCAAUAAAAUGAACAACGGACGGAAUGGAGUUCACGUUCUUCUUAUAGGCUACUCACGGCCGGAUAACAAUGAUUCGACCGCCAUCCGUGCUAAUUGUACCUGCACUUUAAUUCGUACUCGUAACGGGCGGAAUAUCAUAGUGGAUACACUUACCGCUUGGGAUGGAGAACGCCUGACUGAGGUGCUGCAUAACUUGCAUGGCCUACAGCCAAAAGAUAUACAUGUGGUGGUCUGUACUCAUGGUCAUUCCGAUCAUACAGGCUGUAAUUAUCUCUUCCGGGCAGCGGAAUGGCAUAUUGUAGGUGCUUGUAUUUCCAAUCGUGACAAGUAUUUGGAUUGUGCUCUAACCCGUGGGGAAUCUGAACCUUUUCAAUUGUGUAGCGAUGACGUGACAGUAGUUCGUACCCCAGGACACACACUCAGCUGCGUAUCAGUGUUGGUUCGCAACACCGUACAAGGUGUUGUGGGUGUUUGUGGUGAUCUUUUUGAGCGUGUUGAGGAUAUAGCUGAUCCUAAUAUUUGGUUGGAAGCCGGCAGUGAAAACGCAUCCUCGCAGAAGCGACAGCGUUUACGCAUGGCAGAAUUGUGUGAUUAUAUAGUACCAGGACAUGGACAAGGUUUUGCGGUAACACAGCAAAUGCGUGAAAUGUUACGACAACAAGUCAAUGCAAGCAGUGAUCAUAUGGAAGAUGCUUGUACUUGAACUAAGCCUUUGGCUUAUACAAGUAUAUGGGCUCAUUAGAAAAAACCAGGAGUCGUUAUUUAACAAGAUACAUAUUUGCAAAACCACCAGCUUUCCAAUUGAGAACUAAAUUUAAAUAAAUAUUCAGGUAAAGUUUUGUAAUUGCUUAAA